UACUCUUAACGAUUACCACCGCUAAGAAGCAAAAGGAUAUGCUUGUGUGAGGACACAGAGAAAUGAGGUGUUAGGUCGUAGAAUGGAGUCUAGGUUGGUGCGUAACAAUGGUUGCAGAUUUUAGCGAAAAGAGAACAAGGUUGGAGCAUUGAGAUUCUUUUGCCACAUCUUUCUUUGAUUUUGUAAGCAGCAAUUCCCUCGAUCUGGUUGUUCAUAGACCUUUUGCCACUUGUUUGAUUGUUAGUUUUGGUGUCAUUGUUGAGUUAAUUGCAUAUUUUCCUGGAAGCCAUUGUUGCAAGUGGUCGGGCUUGAUUUCUUAAGCUACAGAUGGACGGAUAGAGUUGGAGCAGCAUCGUUAACCACUCACCCAACGAAAUACAAGAAACAGGAAAUUUUGGGUGGAACUAAAAGUCCCACGAUUUGCAGGCCUGGUGAGGAGAUAAAAUGAAAGGGGUGAAGUGGAAGCGUACAAUUCCGAAGGCAGAGGAGAGAGAGGAAGGAGACAAAGGAGGAGAAGGAGAUAAGGCGGGUAUGAAGCAGAAACUGCCACCCAAACCUAGAGGAAUCUCCCCCAUGGAAUUGGAUGGGAUGAUCUUUUUUCUGUGCUCAAUCCAAAAAGCAGCAAAGGGAAGCCAGACAAAUCCGGAUUACGAGCUCAAUUUCAUCCACUGAUUCUCAAUCUCUUUCCCUCCGUUUUCUUCCAUACAAUUUGCUCCCUCCCCCAGCGCCUCAACAGUGUGGGUAGAUCUUUUUUUAGGUUUUUCCUUUUCUUCUUUUAUGGGAUUUUGCACUGUUGCUGGCGUUGCGGAUUUUGGGGAUUGUGAUGCCACUUUUCUAACUGUCGUCUUCUUCCAAUUUGGUGGGCUCUCUCGUCAGCUACCACUGUCCACAAAACCCACCACCUCAACUAGCUAUUUCAAAAAGAAAAGAAAAAACAGCACGUCAUCUAGCUAUGUAAAAGAAGAGGGGGGAAAACACACUAGCAGCAGCCAAUCCGAUAAUCAUUUAGCAACAAAGGUGGAAAAAAAACACACUUACAAAGAAAUACACGAACAUACAAUUCAUUUCUAUGGGAAAAAAAACAUAAAAUUCUAUAGCAAGAAAUGGAUGGGCUAUACUUGUACACUGAAAUUAGGGGUAAAGAAGGGGUAUUCGGGUCAUUUUCCCAGCCCAUUUAAUAGUCACUUAACGAAAAAUUAGAAGGAAGGGUAAACUUGUUACGAUUUAAUAUUAGAGGGGUACGUUUGUGCAAAAAAUUAGUAGAGGGGUACGUUUGUUAAUUUGUCAAAGUAGAGAGAUAUAAAAUGCUAUUAACCCAUCUACAUAAGAAAAGAAAUUAAUAAUAUUUAUUAAAAAAUUAUUAAAAAAAAUAACUUCUUCCCUCUCUCCCGCCCCCUUCUUCCUUUCUUCCCUUGCACCCCAAUUCGGGGGUAAGCCAAAUAGUAAUUCUGCACCCCCGUUAUGCACCCCUACUGUUACAAAUUAUCCAAACGGGUGCAAAUGUGUUGGAAACUGUGUUUACCCCUCCCAAUUGCACUCUCUUCCCAUUUGCACCUCUUCCCAAACAUAGUGUUAAGGGAUUUCAUGUUGUUGAUGCCCAUAUCAUUGGUCAACGCCAUAUUCAUAGCGAAACUACAACUUCGUGUUAUUUCAUUUAAUGGAUUCUUAGUUUGUUUUAAGGCGCGCUUCCUCACUAGACAAAGUGACUCGGUUCGUGGCAUUGUUGUAGCAUAGUUGGAAGGUCGGUAAUUGGGUGGUGUUUGAAUUUAAACACGUUCGCAUUUCAGUGCUUGAGUGACAGUUGUGAAGGUCCAUGAUGGUGCUUCCCACCAAGGAUGCUGGUAGCUCUACAGGGGUGGGUUAGGGCCAACCGAUCCAGGACAAGAAUUUCGUUUUGAUGCCUGGGAUUGUGUGUUCGUAUGAUGGGGCCCUAAGUAGGGAUCCUCAUGCGAGAUAGGGAUGGCUAUUGAUGUGAGCCUCCAAAGCAACGAGAUCAAAAUCCCUAGCCACAGACAUUAAUUCUCCGACCGUGGAACAGAAGGAUAGACCAGGAUUGGAACAUAAGAGUUCCCUGGUUAAGGACGUCAAUUUAACGACCAUGGAACAGAAGGACAAAUUGGGGAAUAACCUCUUACGGGUUAAAAUUACCUUUUUCAAUUAGGACUCCUUUUCCUUUAUGUGUUUUACUUAGUUAAUUUUCACUGGACUAUUUAAAGGGCUUAGACUCGAGUUUUCAGGAAGAUUUUAUGAAUUGAAAACUUUACUCUUAUUCAUUGAGCUUUUGACUUGUGAAUUGUUAUUUGUAUCAAUCGAGGACUCCCCUUGAUUGUGGUCGAGCGUAUACCUUAUAUUGAUAGAGCCUUCUCCCAGGUAUGAAAUUGCAUUUCAAUUCCGCCUUGUCCCUAGCCCCAAUUCUUGUUCUUGGUUGCACGACUUUGAAAACUACGAGUACUGGUCCCGCGCUCGUAUCAGGUGGUAUCAGAGCUCUAGUUCAACACAGAGGCAAGAACGAAGGCGAGAGGACUUAUUUCUUCUCGUACGAGUUCCAAAGACCCCAUAGCCAACUGCGAGGCAGAGGAAGAAAUCUCAUUCGAAGAGCAAACUAUGGUGUCAAACCUUGCAGACGCCAUGAAAUAGAUUGCAAUGCAUAUGGCUUAGACGAGAGCUUUGUUUCAAACCCCAAUUCUUGUUCUUGGUUGCACGACUUUGAAAACUACGAGUACUGGUCCCGCGCUCGUAUCAGGUGGUAUCAGAGCUCUAGUUCAACACAGUGGCAAGAACGAAGGCGAGAGGACCUAUUUCUUCUCGUACGAGUUCCAAAGACCCCAUAGCCAACUGCGAGGCAGAGGAAGAUUCUUUGUCAGAGGAAGAAAUCUCAUUCGAAGAGCAAACUAUGGUGUCAAACCUUGCAGACGCCAUGAAAUAGCUUGCAAUGCAUAUGGCUUAGACGAGAGCUUUGUUUCAAACCCAGCAGGACGCUACAAAAUCUUAGCUUGUUGAAACCACAAGCAUCUGGAUACCCUAAUCACCAGGAUGGAAAUGAAACUAAUGGGUAAUCCACUAGAGAAUACACUAGUUGUAGCAGCUCAGAAUGGAGCUGAGAAUCGAGAGGGCCCAAGAGCAGAAUGAGCUCAAAAUUAUCAAGCUUUUUCUGAAACCCCAGACUGGCAGAUGUAGAGACGUCAACAAACAGGGCAUCAUCAUCAGGUAAUCACCUAGUGUAACCUCCAUUUAAUGAUUACGAAGAUGGUUACCAUGAUUAUGGUCGAAGACCACCAGAAAUAGAAGGGUAUGGCGUUGAUUUGUUUUGAGGAAUCAAACUGGUAAUUCCUCCAUUUCAAGGGAUCAACAGUGCUUCAAUUUACCUUGAUUGGGAGAGGAAGAUGGUUUUAUUCUUUCAGUGCAAUCCUUACCAAGAGAAUUGGAAAGUCCUACUAGCUACCUAUGAAUUUUCAGAUUAUGCGGUAACUUGGUGGGAACAAGUCCAACUUUGGCGAAGAAUAAAUGUGCAGCCUUUCAUUUCUACUUGGGAAGAACUGAGAGGCCCAAUGCGUGAUCGAUUCGUGCUUCCUUUCUAUCAUAGAGAACUUUAUGAUUCCUUGCAGGGAAUUCGCAAAGAAGCACGCUCUAUUGAUGAAUACUUCAAAGAGCUUGAGUCUCUCUUUAUGAGGGAAAACGUGAGGGAGGACAAGGAAGCAAAGAUUACUCGAUUUUUACAUGGACUCAACCGAGAAAUCAGGCAGGAAGUCGAGCUUCCUUAGUUUGUGGAGUUGGAGGAAGUGGUUCAUUUAGCAAUGAAGGUGGAGAGGAACCUGAAAGUCAGCUUUGGAAGAAGGUACACACCUUAAAAGCAUGCAUCCAAGAUUACUUCAGAAACUGAGUCCCAACUUACCAGGAAAGAAGGAGCUAAGGUUGUGUGGAGGAACACGACCCCUAUCAUUCAAGCCAAACCUGAAGGAUCAGCUGGAAGCAUCCAAUGCUUCAAAUGUCCGGGACGAGGUAACAAAGCAAAUCAGUGCCCCAACAAAAAGCUCUUGUUCUACGAGAUGGAGAAUACUUUUCUAAGGAGGAGGAGGAAGGAAGCCAAUUGGGACGGGGAUCGAUUCUAAUGAUGAUGAUGUUGAUGAGCAUAUCACUACUGAAAUCCCUCCAACUGGUAAGUUUCUUAGAAUCAAUUGAAGAGUGAUAUCCCUUGAAGCUCUAACUUACCAAGAACAACGAGAUAAUCUGUUUCAUACCCGUUAUCUUAAGGAUGGAAAGUUGUUGUUUGUGGUAAUCGAGGGUGGUAGCUGCACCAAUGUCGUGAGUCUUGAUGUAGUCAAGAAGCUGGGAUUGAAUACCAUUAAGCAUCCACCACCUUAUGACUCGACUCUAACUACACAUUUCCAAUCGACGACCAAGUAUAACCGACGAUCGGGUGUAGCAUAAGGUAAGCAAGCAAUAAAAUUUAUCUAACCAGGAGGAUCUAGGCUUACUUUACUUCGGGUUUAGGUUUCAUUAUCUAGCCAACCUAGAAUAGUGAUUAAGAAGACUAAACUAACUGACUUAAUUAACCACUAUAUUAGCUAAUUACAAGUUUUUGGAGCUCUCUUAGCUUGAAUCCCCCUAGUUAUAUCAUUUGGAACGAUGUUGAGUACCAUUCUAGCUCGAUCAACUCACUACCCUACCGUUAUGAGAUCGACUCACUCGGGAUUGAUUAGGAAGUAGGAACGACAAAGUGAUGGAUGGGUAGGUGCUCUAUUCAACCUAAGGAUUCAUAUACCGUUAGGAGGUACAUCGAAUAAACUCCCUCAGGGAUUACCCGUACAACAUAUGAUAGGAGUGACCCGAAGACGCCAAAAGUGGGCUCUUAGGGGAUUUUCUCCCUCCUAGGUCAAAAUCUCAAUUGACAUUAAGAACUUAUACAAUUUAUGAAAAACAUCCAUCAAAUAGAUAAUAAACACAAUCAAAUAUAAGAUUUAUCACAUACAUCAACAUUAAUUCAAAUAUAGACCUAGAUUUCAU